AACACUAGUGUACCACCAAAUUGGUACAAAUAUUACUUUUAUGAGUAUAAAGAGGUGAGGCCAAAGCAAAGUGUAGUUGUAGCCCCUGCCUGAGAUUAUUAACUAGUUAUUGUUAGUUACUACACAUAGUCAAUGGCAAUUGCAGCGCCAAACUCAUCACCCACCAUGAGUCUCAGCCAUAGCCAGAGCCAAGAGGAGGGCACCACCACCACCACCUCCACCACCAACGACAACAAUAACAACAACAAUAACAACAACAACAACAUCAACAAACCCGAUGAUCACGACCACGACAUGGUCAUGCCCGGUUUCCGCUUCCACCCCACUGAAGAAGAGCUGGUCGAAUUCUACCUUCGCCGUAAGGUGGAGGGAAAGCGUUUCAACGUUGAGCUCAUUACUUUCCUCGAUCUUUAUCGCUAUGACCCUUGGGAACUUCCCGCCUUGGCAGCUAUUGGUGAGAAGGAAUGGUAUUUUUAUGUGCCGAGAGAUAGAAAGUAUCGCAACGGUGAUCGUCCCAAUCGUGUCACUACCUCUGGUUAUUGGAAGGCAACAGGAGCUGACAGGAUGAUCCGAACCGAGAAUUUUCGCUCCAUCGGCCUCAAGAAAACCCUAGUUUUCUAUUCUGGGAAAGCUCCCAAAGGCAUCCGAACCAGUUGGAUUAUGAACGAGUAUCGCCUGCCGCAACAUGAAACUGAACGAUAUCAAAAGGCUGAGAUAUCUCUUUGCCGUGUGUACAAGAGAGCUGGAGUCGAGGACCAUCCCUCCCUCCCUCGCUGUCUCCCAACACGUCCAUCCUCAUCAUCAAGAGCUUCUUCAAAUUCUGACAAUAAUAAGAAGCACAACGAAAUGCUUCACCACAAUAACAUGGGAUUUGUGGCACAAGCAAAGCCAAACGAUCACAUAGUUGAAAAAAUGAACGAAACCGAAGCAAGCAGUGAUGUCAACACAGCUCUUGGACUUUCCAAAUACAAUGCUUACCGUGCUGCAAUGGGUGCACUCACCACCACAAUGGGUCUUCCAGUUGUUCCGCUGGACGACGAAGGGUUGAUGAUGAUGCAACAUCAGCAACAAUCUAAGCAACCAACCCAUGCAACUGCCCCUGCUUGUGGAACAAUCUUCUCUGCUGGGCCUUCUAAUUCCAAUAAUAGUGUUGUCAAUAUGGAUGAACUGAACAGGCUAAUGAGUUAUCAACAACAGUACUACAAUGUUCAAAGCCAUCCCAAUCAGUUCUCAACUUUGCUGAUGCAACCAUCACCAGUAGUGUCUCUCAACUCACUACCAAAUCCACUUCCAACCACCUUCUCUGACCGACUGUGGGAGUGGAAUCCAAUCCCUGAGCCACCAAAUCAAGAGUACAGCAACAUGUCCUUCAAGUAAUGACUCAAUCAUGCGUAUCUGUGAACUGCACAUACAUAUAUAUAUUAAUAUAUAUAUAUAUAUAUAUAUAUAGAGAGAGAGAGAGAUAGACAUUUAUCUGUGCUAAUUUCUACUAUCAACUUUGUUUAGGUUGCUUGCGUUAAUUACUCUAAUUAAUCACCUAUCUUAUCUUCGAUUUCAAUAACAUAAUUGUAUGACUGAUUUUCAUCAGUCGUCAGUAUGUAUUUUGUCGGUAGCACUUAUUAGGGUUUUAGUUUUGAGCUUUUCAAUCAUUCAUAUAUAUUUAUGCACUUUGAUUGUCCAUAGAAACUAAAAUUGAAAAUUGAAGUUACCAUUUUGUGUUAAA